AUGGCAGACAAGACAACGGAGACGGUACCGAUACCGGGGCCCCCGGGACUGCCCCUCGUAGGCAAUGCUCUUGCGUUCGACUCGGAGCUGCCUCUUCGAACGUUCCAAGAGUUCGCUGAAGAAUACGGAGAGAUAUACCGCCUGACCCUUCCCACCGGGACCACUCUGGUUGUGAGCUCCCAGGCGCUCGUCCAUGAGCUAUGUGAUGACAAGAGAUUCAAAAAGCCCGUCGCGGCUGCCCUCGCCGAGGUUCGAAACGGCGUCAACGAUGGCCUCUUCACCGCUCGGGAAGAAGAGCCCAACUGGGGCAUCGCUCACCGGAUCCUGAUGCCUGCGUUUGGACCGGCCUCGAUCCAGGGCAUGUUCACCGAGAUGCACGAGAUUGCGUCGCAGCUGGCGCUCAAGUGGGCGCGCCACGGUCCGGACACGCCCAUCUUUGUAACAGAUGACUUCACACGCCUGACGCUCGACACUCUCGCCCUCUGCACCAUGAAUUUCCGCUUCAACUCGUACUACCACGACGAGCUGCAUCCGUUCAUCAACGCUAUGGGCAACUUCCUCACAGAGUCGGGUGCAAGGGCCAUGCGGCCGGCCAUCACCUCCAUCUUCCACCAGGCGGCGAACCGAAAGUACUGGGAGGAUAUCGAGGUUCUGCGGAAGACGGCCCAGGGAGUCCUGGAUACGCGAAGGAAGCACCCCACCAACCGGAAGGACCUCCUAUCCGCCAUGUUGGACGGCGUAGACGCAAAAACCGGCCAGAAACUGAGCGACUCGUCCAUCAUCGACAACCUCAUCACCUUCCUCAUUGCCGGUCACGAGACGACCUCGGGCUUGCUGAGCUUCGCCUUCUACCUCCUGAUCAAGCACCAGGAUGCGUACCGCAAGGCGCAAGAAGAGGUGGACAGGGUCAUAGGCAAGGGACCGAUCAAGGUCGAGCACAUCAAGAAGCUUCCUUACAUUGCCGCCGUCCUCCGCGAGACGCUGCGCCUCUGUCCCACGAUCCCAAUAAUCAAUCGAGCGGCCAAGCAGGACGAGGUGAUUGGGGGCAAGUAUGCCGUCGCAAAGGAUCAGAGGCUCGCUCUUCUCCUGGCUCAGUCUCACCUGGACCCCGCUGUCUAUGGAGAGACUGCGAAACAGUUCAUCCCGGAGCGGAUGCUGGACGAGAACUUUGAGCGCCUGAACAGGGAGUAUCCAGACUGUUGGAAGCCGUUCGGAACCGGCAUGCGGGCAUGCAUCGGCCGCCCGUUUGCCUGGCAGGAGGCGGUCCUCGUCAUGGCCAUGCUGUUGCAGAAUUUUGAUUUUGUCCUCCACGACCCCUACUACGAGCUGCAUUACAAGCAGACCCUCACAACCAAGCCCAAGGACUUCUACAUGCGGGCCAUUCUUCGAGACGGCCUGACGGCAACCGAGCUGGAGCACCGGCUCGCCGGGAACGCGGCCUCGGUCGCGCGGUCGGGCGGCGGCGGCGGCGGCCCCUCCAAGCCGACCGCACAGAAGACCUCUCCCGCCGAGGCCAAGCCGAUGAGCAUCUUUUACGGCUCCAACACGGGCACGUGCGAGAGCCUGGCCCAGCGCCUCGCGACCGACGCGGCGUCCCACGGGUACGCAGCCGCCGCCGUCGAGCCCCUGGACACGGCAACGGAGAAGCUGCCGACCGACCGGCCCGUGGUGAUCAUCACGGCCUCCUUUGAAGGUCAGCCGCCGGACAACGCGGCCAAGUUCUGUGGCUGGCUCAAGAACCUCGAGGGCGACGAGCUGAAGAACGUCUCUUACGCCGUCUUCGGCUGCGGGCACCAUGACUGGUCCCAGACCUUCCACCGCAUUCCCAAGCUCGUUCACCAGACGAUGAAGGCUCACGGCGCCUCGCCCAUCUGUGACGAGGGGUUGACGGACGUGGCCGAGGGGAACAUGUUUACCGACUUUGAGCAGUGGGAAGACGACGUGUUCUGGCCGGCCGUCAGGGCGCGGUACGGAGCCGCCGGGGCUGUGGCCGAGACCGAGGAUGCGCCGGGCUCCGACGGCCUCAACAUCCACUUCUCCAGCCCCCGGUCGUCCACCCUCCGCCAGGACGUCAGGGAGGCGACGGUCGUCGGGGAGGCGCUACUCACCGCUCCCGACGCCCCGCCAAAGAAGCAUAUCGAGGUCCAGCUUCCCGACGGCGCGACGUACAAGGUCGGGGACUAUCUCGCCGUGCUCCCCGUCAACUCCAAGGAGAGCAUCGGCCGCGUCAUGCGGAAAUUCCAGCUUUCCUGGGACUCGCACGUCACCAUUGCCUCCGACCGCUGGACCGCCCUGCCGACGGGCACGCCGGUUCCGGCGUACGAUGUGCUCGGGUCCUAUGUCGAGCUGUCACAGCCGGCGACGAAGAGGGGGAUCUUGCGGCUCGCCGAUGCCGCUGAAGACGAAGCCACUAAGGCGGAGCUCCAGAAGCUUGCGGGUGACUUGUACACCAGCGAGAUCAGCCUCAAGCGCGCCUCCGUCCUCGACCUCCUGGACCGCUUUCCUUCCAUCUCGCUUCCGUUCGGCACUUUCCUCUCCUUGCUCCCGCCCAUCCGCCCGAGGCAGUACUCGAUAUCCUCCUCGCCGCUCAACGACCCCUCGCGGGCAACGCUCACGUACUCGCUGCUCGACUCGCCGUCGCUGGCCAACCCGUCCCGACGGUUCGUGGGCGUUGCGACCUCGUAUCUCUCCUCCCUCGUCAGGGGCGACAAGCUCCUGGUCUCGGUACGGCCCACCCACACGGCGUUCCGGCUGCCGGACGAAGACAAGAUGGGCGAGACGGCCAUCAUCUGCGUCGGUGCCGGGUCCGGGCUCGCGCCGUUCCGGGGCUUCAUCCAAGAGCGCGCCGCGCUCCUCGCCAAGGGGACGCAGCUCGCCGCCGCGCUGCUCUUCUACGGCUGCCGCAGCCCGGAGAAGGACGAUCUCUACCGCGACGAGUUCGACAAGUGGCAGGAGUCGGGCGCGGUCGACGUCCGGCGGGCGUUCAGCCGCGUCGACUCGGACGACACGGAGGCGCGCGGGUGCAGGCACGUGCAGGACAGGCUGUGGCACGACCGGGAGGAGGUGAAGGCGUUGUGGGACCGCGGCGCCAGGGUGUACGUCUGCGGCUCGCGGCAGGUCGGAGAAGGGGUCAAGACGGCCAUGGGCAGAAUCGUGCUUGGUGAGGAGGACGCCGAGGACGCGAUCUCAAAGUGGUAUGAGACCGUUCGGAACGACCGGUAUGCCACAGAUGUCUUUGACUAA